CCUAUCAUUUCCUCUUCUUUUCUUUAAUGAAAAAUUUUGAUCAGGUCAGCUCUUUGCCGCUGCAAGAUAAAGCCCAAAUGUUAGUUGAAAUGUAGCUAUCAUUCUUAAGAAUUCACAUGUUUUCUCCCUAUGUAUUAAUUACUACCCAUCUUGUCAAAAUUUCGGAAUUAACACAGGCAAGUGUGCAAGAACUGAUCUUGGGAAACCAGCAAUGGCGAGCGGCGUCGCCGGCCGGCCGGUGAUGGUGUGAUCCAUCAUCGAUGGAGAGCAAGAAGGCCAAGAUCCUCGCCGGCACGGGCGUCGCCGUGCUGCUGGUCCUCGAGCUCGCUCUCUACCUCCGCUUCCGGCUGUCGAGGCCGUUCUUCCUCGCCACCGCCGUCAUCGUGUCGUCCGCCCUGUCGGCGUCGGUCGUGACGCUGCUGCACCACGCGCUGAGCGCCCGGAGGCGGGCGGAGCGCAUGGCGAGGCGGCCGUCCAUGGACGGCGAGGAGCAGCUCCGCGUGGAGUACAGCUACUUCCGCAAGGUCGCCGGGCUGCCGUGCAAGUUCUCGUUCGAGGCGCUGGCGGCGGCGACGGACGGGUUCCAGUACACGGUGGGGCGGGGGUCGUCGGGGACGGUGUUCAAGGGCAUCCUCGACGACGGCACGGCCGUGGCGGUGAAGCGGAUCGACGGCGCCGACCACGUCGACAAGGAGUUCAAGUCGGAGGUGUCGGCGAUCGCCAGCGCGCAGCACGUCCACCUGGUGCGGCUCGUCGGCUUUUGCCUCGUCCCGCGCGGCCCUCGCUUCCUCGUCUACGAGUACAUGGAGCACGGCUCCCUCGACAAGUGGAUCUUCCCGCACUCCGGCGAUCGCCGGCGGUUCCUGCCGUGGGCGGCGCGGUACCAGGUCGCCGUCGACGUGGCGAGGGCGCUCGCGUACUUGCACCACGACUGCCGCAACAAGGUGCUGCACCUCGACGUGAAGCCGGAGAACAUCCUCCUCGACGACGGAUUCCGCGGCCUCCUCUCCGACUUCGGGCUGUCGAAGCUGAUGGGGAAGGAGCAGAGCCGGGUGGUGACGACGGUGCGCGGCACGACGGGGUACCUGGCGCCGGAGUGGCUGCUCGGCGUGGGGAUCACGGAGAAGUCCGACGUGUACAGCUACGGGCUCGUGCUGCUCGAGAUGGUCGGUGGGCGGCGCAACCUGCAGGCGGAGGACAACCACGCGUCGUCGUCGUCGUCGCCGCGGUGGACGUACUUCCCCAAGGUCGCCGCCGACAAGGCGAGGGAGGGGCGGGUGAUGGAGGUGCUGGACAGGCGGGUGGUGGAGUCCGGCGAGGCCGUGGAGGAGGCGGCGGUGCGGAGGCUGGUCCACGUGGCGCUAUGGUGCGCGCAGGAGAAGGCCAGCGCGCGGCCGUCCAUGGCGCGCGUGGUGGAGAUGCUCGAGGGGCGCGGCGCCGCGGCGGAGGCCGUGGAGGCCCCGCCGCCGUCGGACAUGAUCGUGGUCGACCUCCUCUCGCUCGACCCGUCGCGCGGCCCCGGACCGUUCGGGCUGCCGCCGCCGGCCAGCGGCGGCGGGAUGCGGGCGACGUCGUCGGGGCUCAGCAACUCGUUCGCGCUCUCCUACCUGUCGGGACGAUAACCUCACGCCCUCUGCACGGUGGCUCGCCGGAGGCGGUGGUCGGAGAUUUCGGGCCUGUUUAAAAAGCUUUAGAUUCGAGAAGCAACUGCUUGGUAGCCAGCAUCUGAGAAUAUGGAAAAGCUUCUAAACCUAGCUUUUUUAGAUUCUGGAUUCUUAGUUUAUUUUUUAGAAUCUUCUCAGAAACUGUGAAUCGUUUGAAAAAGUUUCUGACAGAAGCAGUUUCUGAAAAAAGCUGUAACUUGGAGAAGCUCCCCAAACAGACCCUUCUCCUCCGACCACCCUCGGCUCACGGGACCGUCCGAUGGAGAUCGUGUGGUCAAGAAUCAAACCGGCACGACUCCAGCACAGUUUAAUUUUUUUUCGUUUCUUUUUCUUUCAAAACAGAAAGAUACAAAGUUACAAACUGAAACAUUUUUUGAUUUUUCGUGAACGAGCAAAAGCUUUACGCGCGUGUUAAGGAUUUGCUUGUUUGUGGGAGAAAC